AUGAGGCGGAGCUGUGCAGACACCGCAGCAGCAGCAGCAGCAGCAGCAGCAGCAACUUGCGGCCGGCUGGGAUCGGAUCCCCAGGCGAUCCCCGCCGCAGCAGCAAACGGCAUGCAGGCGGCAGCAGCAGGCCUGAGUGGGGUAGAGACAGAGAAAGAGAAAGAGAAAGAACUCUCAACAGCAGCAGCAGCAGCAGCAGCAGCAGCAGCAGCAGAUGCGGCUGCUGCUGCCCACGGGGUCACACCGCAGCAGCAGGAGAACAUCUCUAGAGUAUGGUGGGGCCUCUUACCGCAGCAGCAGAAACAGAGACAGAGACAGAGACAGAGACAGAGAUAG